UCUACGCCCUUGCUUUAUAUACUGAAAAUGAUAUCUUAAAUUUAGAUGAAUAAUUGUGAAAUUACAUCACAGGUGAAAUUCUUUACAGCUUUACAUCGGUUGUACAGUUCCAUUGUUUUGUUUUGUUUUUUAAAUUCUAUCGCAAUAGAGCCCAAAUGCCUUUGUUUUCACUUUGGGGACAGUGGCUCUGUAGCUUCUGGAUAAACAAACUACCAGACUACAAAAUGCAAAUUGAGGGGUGCUCGUGGUCACGUGACGCAAUUGGACCGUUCCCCAUGACCAACGUGUCAGGUUGCUAAGUUAGCUAGUAAGCUAGCUGCACUUAGCUGACCAAAUGAUGUGGCUCGAAGAAGAAGAUGCCGCUUUGCGACGUGCCAGCGAUAAGACUGUUAGCUGGAAGAGAUGAAUCGACUAUGUCAAAAAUUGUAAAGACAGCUACGUACUCGGACGACAGGCAAACAACGCCCGUGCCAUGGCAGCAGGUGUCAGCAUACUGAGUGACCUGCCUAACUCCAUCGGUGGAGCCCGCAGUGGAGAGACCAGCACAGAGAUGGAGGCAGCCAAUACAAGGGUCCCUACUGCAAAGUACACCAAGAUGGGUGAGACCCUGAGGCAUGUCAUCCCCGGUCACAUGCAGUGCUCCAUGGCCUGUGGAGGGAAAGCCUGCAAAUAUGAGAACCCCUCUCGCUGGAGUGAUGAGGAGCAAGCCAUCAAGGGACUCUACUCAUCCUGGAUUACUGACAACUUGCUAGCCAUGGCAAGGCCUUCCACUGAGAUCAUAGAGAAAUAUAACAUAAUUGAACAAUUUCAAAGGUGUGGUUUGAAAACCGUUAUUAACCUGCAGCGACCUGGAGAACAUGCCAGCUGUGGAAACCCACUGGAGCAAGAGAGCGGCUUCACUUACCGACCUGAAACUUUCAUGGAGGCAGGCAUUGCUGCACCUUCAAGGGGUGGCUCAAGACGCGUAUAUUAUUACAAUUUUGGAUGGAAAGAUUAUGGUGUGGCAUCUCUGACUACAAUCCUUGACAUGGUAAAAGUCAUGUCAUUUGCUGUCCAAGAAGGGAAGAUGGCUGUCCACUGCCAUGCUGGCCUUGGAAGAACAGGUGUGUUGUUGGCUUGUUAUUUGGUCUUUACAACUCGUAUGAACGCUGACCAAGCCAUCCUGUUUGUGCGAGCCAAAAGACCCAACUCCAUCCAAACCAGAGGCCAGCUACUCUGUGUCAGGGAGUUUGCCCAGUUCCUGGUUCCUCUUCGAAGUGUCUUCUCCUGCGCUGAACCCAAAGCAGGUGCCGUUACUUUGUCCCAGUAUCUCACCCGUCAACGACACCUGCUACAUGGCUACGAGGCUCGGCAGAUGAAGAACGUGCCAAAGAUUGUCCAGCUGGUGUGCAGGCUGCUAAUUGACAUCGCAGCCAACAGACAGGUGGUGAUUGAGGAGGAAUGGUUGGAGAUUCCCGACCUCACGGCUGAGGUAGAGAAGACUGUGUCCCAGCAGGCCCUUCAACAGCUUGGGAAGGAAAUGAAAGGGAAAGGGAUUCCCCUUCUAUGUAGUUCAUCCCAUCCUCUUAGUCCAGCACUGAUACAGCCUAGACUUGCUAACGAUCAGCCUCUAAUUAGUGACAAUGAGCUUGACCCCUUGUGGAGGCAGCAGAAUGGAGAGAGCCCCCAGAGAUCUUCUCUGUGCGAAAACAGGAGCUACAGCGAUUCUGUUCUUCACAAGCUGGGGCAAUGCCAGCAUCCUUUAGGAAAUCUGAAGAACAACCAACCAAUCAACUGCCUGAUCAAACAUUCCUUGUCUCACAGCAGCCUUACUGCCUGUAACCCUUCCAGAUUUUGCAACCUCUCUACUCAGAACAUUUUUAAGAACAAUCAGAACUCCAGUAUAGAAACAAAGGAAGACCUUGGAUCUCCCAUUUUAAAAAGACCGCUCCGUGAAGGCCAUCAGAGUUUGCCUUUAGAUUUCUCUGAGGACAGUAGAAGAUCCCACUGCAAUGCCACACUGCCUGCCUUAGCAGUCAAGAGCAAACUGGUAGCUGGUAAGGAGAAUGUGUCAAUGGGUGGAAGUGCAGAUGACUUCUCAGAGGUUCCUUUCAUCACCCUCCAGUCUGAGUUCUCACCAGAGAGCAGGUGCCUCGUGGUGGCAAAAGCUCUGGCCCUGGAACUGACAGACAAGGAUCUCACCUCCAAGGUGUCAGUGUGGCAGAUGGAGCUGAACUCCAGAGAGGGAACAUGGGAGAGGCUGUGCAAGGAGAGAGACCCUCUGGUCCUAUCUAGUCUGAUGUGGUCAUGGGUGGAGCAGCUUAAGGAUCCAGUCAUCAGCAGUGAGGAUAUAAAAGCCCUCACUGAAAGGAAUGUAAACCCACAGAACGCCCUCGAUUCACUGGAAAAGGGUCACCGGCUCACUUUGCUGUGCAUCCUCGACUGUGCUGCUCAUCUCCUGCCAGUGCCUAAAGAAUUGGAGACCAGUUUUCUUAACCAAACCAUUAAAGUGUUUACUAAGAUGGACCCUGGCUCAGAGGAGAACAAGUCUCUGUAUGCAACACUGAAAGCAAUCCUGACUCUCAUUCUUCACGAGCUGCAUGACAAAGCUGUUCAGGAGAAUGAAGCCUCCUGAUUGGCAUUGCCCCAAUCAGCCUGCCGAGAAGAAGACUCCCAAACGAGGUUCCACUUUUAUUUGUGGGCAUUACUGCAUUAGAAGCCACCUCUUGCACCCGACGCUGCUGAGAUCUGCCAGUCAUGUAGUUUUUGAAGCUAAGUGUUUUUUCAUUCUGUUUCCUUUGAAGCUUGUAAUUGACUCUGAGUACUGCUACUCUGUGUUAAUGUGCCACUGUGCUCACUCUGAACUUUUUGUUGGUUACCUGUUCUUUGUCUGAGACUAGAUCUUGCUUUAUUAUCUAACUCAUAGCUGUUAGGGACAUGAUGAAGAAACAUUUCAUUACGUGAAUGUAAUGUUAUUUAAAUGUGUGACUCAGCUCUCUGGGUUCUUGGUGGGGAGGGGUUAUUCAAACCAAAAUAUGUUUUACACUGUGCACAUGCUGCAAUGUGUCUUAUUUAUUCAGAUGUUCUUUUUUGAAAUGCACAAGUCGAUAGAAUUGCUAUAACCUGAUAAGUUGCUUUGUUGCUGUAGAAUGUAAGGCGUUGUCUUAGUGUUAAACUGUGGCUGUUACAGCAGUGCAAACUCACCAGGCCACAGUGCGUUUUCUUUUUCAAUCAAUUUUAUGUACUUAAUACUGUUUACCAAAAAAAAAUCCUCCGUGUAUUGUUGUGUCAUUCAUUCAUUUGUAAAACAUCAAUCUGCCUCAACUCCUGCAUUUAGCACUCUGCCUCGACUCACAUGGCCUCUGUUUGGACUCAUUUUGUGUAAUUUUGGUGUGUGUGUGUGUGUGUGUGUGUGUGGCUAUUGACAAAAAUCUUCCACCUCAUCGCUUAUAUACAGACAAAAUUCAGUGUAGAUGCAAGCUGAGUGUGAUAUACUAAUGGUACUGUAGUAAUACGGGGCUGUGGAGGAUUUUCAACAAGCACUAUUUUUUCAUUGUUCCAACGGGUUACUUAGAGAAAUAAACAUAACUGACUGAGUCUUGAGUGUUUGUUUGUUUUUUACUGGGGGUGGGUGUUGUGUUCCCCAAAUUGCUCCUGGGCUGGUUUUUGACUUACUGGAAGAGGCUGCUGCCUGUGGGGAGUACUUUUACAAUGGCAAGUGAGCUUGGUUUUCCAGCAAGAAGUUUCACUGUUUUUCGCUACACCAAUAAAUCGUUUAAUGUUGAGGCUAAACAUGUACAACAUUUUAAAAAACUAUACUAUAAAUCAGAAAAAAACCCUCAAAAUUAAAUUUGUUAGUGGCAAGCAGAAGAUCAGUCAGCCUUGAGUUACAGCAAGUGUCGGAGCAUCUGGGAGGGUGAGACGUUGUAGGAGUUAAGUAACUCCUAAAGAUGGCAGUAAUGUAACAUUAAGGAUACUACUGUUAAACCCUCGAAGAAGAAGUAGCAGCUUCACGAACCACGAAGAAGAAGCAGUCAGAGGGUGGAGGAUUCUUUCGACAUGGCAGGUAGGUGGGUAUACUUUGUUAAUUAUACAUUUUGGAUACACAUUUCUUAGUAGUUGGGGUAGUAUUCUUUCAAGCAUACAUGUAAAGACUCGGCAGUGCUGCAGAGGCCGCUGCCGCACUUUAGCCUGGCGUUUGCCUUUUGGGACUUCCAUGCUGGAACGUGCUGCUAGCUGCUAGCCCGACAGGGUUAGCUAGCCAUUAGUAAGGAGUGGUUAUUAUCGGGCGACUGGAGCGCUUCACGCGUCUCUUCUUAUUAAGCACUGAGCGGGACUUUACCAGCGAGGGAAAUGGGCAUAUGGGAUCUUGUGCUUCUUCUGUUUCUGCUAAACAUUAACCCUCUACACUGGGCAGCUUUGACUGUAUUUUAAGAGCAAACACUGGGCAGGGAGCAGUUUCAUGUUGGGAAGAGGUACUUCCUUUCUAAUGGACACGUUAAGCUCUUCAGGGUUAAAGGGUCUUUGCGUGUAAAAUCAUUUUACUGCAGUAGUCAAUGCCCUCAUUUAUGAGGCUAUUCAUUCUUCAAGCAAAGGAGUUUAAAAAAGACCCUUAUUGCGUUUUCCUAGCUGUCUUUAAUCAUAUUUAAUAUGGGUAUUUCAGUUUCCAUCAUAGCGUAAUAUGUGCAAGUAAGCCCUCUAAGUCAUCUCAGGCACGUGCUUGCCCCACCCACCUGCUGCAGAUGAGGUGAGGUGCUGCACCAAGGCCUGAACAGUGUGUGGGACAGACACAGCUGUCUGGUCUGCCUGCUGUCUGGAAAAUUAUGAGUGCUGAUAAUCUGACUUCUAUUUUUUUUUUUCUUCUUUUCCCCUGGCUCAAGUCUUUGGGAGGCAGAUGUAAGCAGGGUUGGCCUAAAUGUAGUUAAUGAAAUGAGUCUGUGAUGAUGAAACAAUUCUAAGUAUUCAUUUCUGAAGGCCAGAACCUCAUUCAUCAUAUUUAUGGAGCACGCGUAUAUUUUAAGAUCUAGCCUACAAUAUGAGAGAGAGCCCCAUCGAUCAGGAGAUCCCCUAUGAACAAGAACUUGAUGACAGAGGAAAGAAAAACGCCCUUUGAACAGGAAGAGACCUCUGACAGAACCAGUCUCAGAGGGGAAGCCCUCUGCUCUGACUGGGUGUGAGGUUUGGGGAAAGAUGAGAUUUCUCUUUAUAGCUGCUAAUCACCUAUUAAAAUGCUAACUGUCUGUCAGGAUUUAAAUAGUUUGAAUUGAAGCUGAUUAUUAUUAACUGAUAUUAUUCUAAGACAAACUUCAUUUAGCUUCCCGAGUUUAAAAAGUGGUAAAUCUAUUGUUUUGGGUUUGCAUUACUUUACAUUAUGAUUGGAUUGACUUCAGCAUACCAUGAAUGACAGUGGAUGAGUUGGUCACAUUACAACUACUCUGCUGUUGGAUUCAGCAAUAUUAACAGAACUGUCAGAAUUUGUCAUAAAACAAACACAAAUUCCUGUUCAGGGCCCUAUUUCAGGAAGCCGGUUUAGUGCAAACUCUGAGUAAGUAUACCCU